CUGAGUGAGUAUAUAUUCAAGCAGACAUGUCUCCGAAAACAUUGUUCGAAAAGUUCGGGCAUCACUGCGAAAUCCAAUCGGGAAUUCGCGAUAUACCAAUGUUCAGGUCGAGCAAGUCUCCGUUCACGAGAUUUAUACGAUUAUGCAAGAGGAUACGCAUGAUCAACGAGACGAACAAAAGGGGCUACAACUAUUUGCGGAGCCAAAAGAAAAUCGAAAAUGAAUACAGAAAGCAACUUUUGUAUCCGUACAUAAUACAUCCGUUCAGUGACUUCAGGAAAUAUUGGGAAUUUUUUAUGAGCAUUAUCAUAUUAAUCCAAGCGAUUAUGGUGCCGCUAGAUAUUGCUACCUACAAUUCGAAGUAUCCGGAUAGUUUCGUGAGGACGAGUUACUUCGUAUACGGAAGAUUAGCGACCGACAUCAUAUCGUUAAUGGAAGUGUUGGUCAACUUCUUUUCAGGAUACUGUGAAGUGAAGAAGAAGAUAGUUGUCCUAAAUCCGCACAAGAUAUUUAAGAACUACAUUUUCUCGAAUUUCAUCAUUGAUUUGUACGCUUCAAUACCAACUGAUGUACUAUUGAACCUGUAUUUUACCGAGAAGUGGCAAACUCGCGGAUGGAACUACAUGUUCCAUUAUUGCGGAUUACUGAAGUUGUUCAGAUACACCACAUUUAUCGAAUACUGCUAUAAUAUCACAGAGACCAGCGAGAUAUCAUAUGCCUAUUUUCGUGUUACUUCCGCGGUGAUAAGCUUCUUCCUGUACGUCCACGUCCUGACAUGUUUCCUAAUAUCAUUCAUGAGCUAUGAAUACCCUUUUAAUGUACACCUUAUAAAAACUUCCUCUUUCACGCACAGUUACGGUACAAAUGCGUCUACGUUUCUUAAGAUCUACGCUAGAUUCUUCUAUUGCACCUGCUUGCUGAUUUUAAAUUCAGGAUUUUCCAUUGCGACCAUUAGCAACGGAUCGAAUUUGCUCACAGUCAACAUAUGGUUGAUUUCCAAACUGCUCUUCAUCCUCACAAUAGCGUACUUUCUUGAAUUGCACAUCUCGGUGCAUUCGGCGUCGCAGAAGUUCGUUGACAUGGUCAACGAGGUGAAAGACUUCAUGCGUCACAGACAGGUGCCGAAUUUCCUGCAGAAGCGGAUACUCGCAUACUACGACAUCAAAUACCAGAACCAUUUCUUCCAGGAGUCGGAAAUUCUGGACACUGUCUCCGGGCAGUUGCGUCAAGAAAUCAUAAUGAACACGUGUGGGAAACUGGUGGAGAACGUAACAUUCUUCAAGAAUUUGCCUCUAACAUUGCUGGUCCGUAUCGUAUCGUGUCUUCGCUACGAAAUCUUCUUGACAAACGAUGUAAUUUCGAAAGCCGGCACCACCGGCGAUUGCAUGCACUUUAUUUCUACGGGAACAGUAGCGGUCUUUACGAAAUCUGGACAAGAAAUUUGCCAUUUGCAGGACGGCGAUUAUUUUGGGGAGAUUGCAAUGGUGAUGAAGGAUUCUACAAGGGUGGCUUCGGUGAUCGCGGCGGAAGUAUGUGAAUUAUACCGUUUGGAUAGGAAGGACUUCAUCAGGGCCAUAAUUCCCUACCCAGAUUUAUAUGAUCGUAUCACUUACGUUGCGGGAGAUCGCAUGGAGAGGACGGAUAUUAUCGACGAGGCACACAAGAACACGCAACAUAUCACCAAAUCGGAAGAAUUGACUGAGAUGGUCCAGUGAUUUACAAAAUAAAAU